CCUCGUCCCAGGUCCCAGGCUGGCAGAAGCGGACUCGGGCCGAGGGAUCAGCCCUCCCACUUCCUGCGGAGGAGCCCUUCGCAACCCUCGCCUCCCGCCCGGGGCGAAGUCCUCCAGGCCCGCGGGGGCGCCCGCAGGCUCCGCCCCUUCUUCGGCUAGCUGCCUGCCCGUCCCGCCCCUGCUCCGCCCAUCGCGCGGUGGCCCCGGGGGCGAGAAGGGGCGGAGCGUGGAGGCGGCAGCUGGAACCGCGCAGCGCACGGGAACGCGUCCCGCUGCUUGGGUCUGGUACGCCGGUCGCGGGAGCCCCGCGUGCAGUCGGAGGAACACGUGGCCAUCAGUAAUCAUGAGCAACCCAUUUGCACACCUUGCUGAGCCAUUGGAUCCUGUACAACCAGGAAAGAAAUUCUUCAAUUUGAAUAAAUUGGAGGAUUCAAGAUAUGGGCGCUUACCAUUUUCAAUCAGAGUUCUUCUGGAAGCAGCCAUUCGGAAUUGUGAUGAGUUUUUGGUGAAGAAACAGGAUAUUGAAAAUAUUCUACAUUGGAAUGUCAUGCAGCACAAGAACAUAGAAGUGCCAUUUAAGCCUGCUCGUGUCAUCCUGCAGGACUUCACGGGUGUGCCCGCUGUGGUUGACUUUGCUGCAAUGCGUGAUGCUGUGAAAAAGUUAGGAGGAGAUCCAGAGAAAAUAAACCCUGUCUGCCCUGCUGAUCUUGUAAUAGAUCAUUCCAUCCAGGUUGAUUUCAACAGAAGGGCAGACAGUUUACAGAAGAAUCAAGACCUGGAAUUUGAAAGAAAUAGAGAGCGAUUUGAAUUUUUAAAGUGGGGUUCCCAGGCUUUUCACAACAUGCGGAUUAUUCCCCCUGGCUCAGGAAUCAUCCACCAGGUGAAUUUGGAAUAUUUGGCAAGAGUGGUAUUUGAUCAGGAUGGAUAUUAUUACCCAGACAGCCUCGUGGGCACAGACUCGCACACUACCAUGAUUGAUGGCUUGGGCAUUCUUGGUUGGGGUGUCGGUGGUAUUGAAGCAGAAGCUGUCAUGCUGGGUCAGCCAAUCAGUAUGGUGCUUCCUCAGGUGAUUGGCUACAGGCUGAUGGGGAAGCCCCACCCUCUGGUAACAUCCACUGACAUCGUGCUCACCAUUACCAAGCACCUCCGCCAGGUUGGGGUAGUAGGGAAAUUUGUCGAGUUCUUCGGGCCUGGAGUAGCCCAGUUGUCCAUUGCUGACCGAGCUACAAUUGCUAACAUGUGUCCAGAGUACGGAGCAACUGCUGCCUUUUUCCCAGUUGACGAAGUUAGUAUCACGUACCUGGUGCAAACAGGUCGUGAUGAAGAAAAAUUAAAGUACAUUAAAAAAUAUCUUCAGGCUGUAGGAAUGUUUCGAGAUUUCAAUGACCCUUCUCAAGACCCAGACUUCACCCAGGUUGCGGAAUUAGAUUUGAAAACAGUAGUGCCUUGCUGUAGUGGACCCAAAAGGCCUCAGGACAAAGUUGCUGUGUCUGACAUGAAAAAGGACUUUGAGAGCUGCCUUGGAGCCAAGCAAGGAUUUAAAGGAUUCCAAAUCGCUCCUGAACAUCAUAAUGACCAUAAGACCUUUAUCUAUGAUAACACUGAAUUCACCCUUGCUCAUGGUUCUGUGGUCAUUGCUGCCAUUACUAGCUGCACAAACACCAGUAAUCCGUCUGUGAUGUUAGGGGCAGGAUUGUUAGCAAAGAAAGCUGUGGAUGCUGGCCUGAACGUGAUGCCUUACAUCAAAACUAGCCUGUCUCCUGGGAGUGGCGUGGUCACCUACUACCUACAAGAAAGCGGAGUCAUGCCUUAUCUGUCUCAGCUUGGGUUUGACGUGGUGGGCUAUGGCUGCAUGACCUGCAUUGGCAACAGUGGGCCUUUACCUGAACCUGUGGUAGAAGCCAUCACACAGGGAGACCUUGUAGCUGUUGGAGUACUAUCUGGAAACAGGAAUUUUGAAGGUCGAGUUCACCCCAACACCCGGGCCAAUUAUUUAGCCUCUCCCCCCUUAGUAAUAGCAUAUGCAAUUGCUGGAACCAUCAGAAUCGACUUUGAGAAAGAGCCAUUGGGAGUAAAUGCAAGGGGACAGCAGGUAUUUCUGAAAGAUAUCUGGCCGACUAGAGACGAGAUCCAGGCAGUGGAGCGUCAGUAUGUCAUCCCAGGGAUGUUUAAGGAAGUCUAUCAGAAAAUAGAGACUGUGAAUGAAAGCUGGAAUGCCUUAGCAACCCCAUCAGAUAAGCUGUUUUUCUGGAAUUCCGAAUCUACAUAUAUCAAAUCACCACCAUUCUUUGAAAACCUGACUUUGGAUCUUCAGCCCCCUAAAUCUAUAGUGGAUGCCUAUGUGCUGCUAAAUUUGGGAGAUUCAGUAACAACUGACCACAUCUCUCCAGCUGGAAAUAUUGCAAGAAACAGUCCUGCUGCUCGCUACUUAACUAACAGAGGCCUAACUCCACGAGAAUUCAACUCCUAUGGCUCCCGCCGAGGUAAUGACGCCGUCAUGGCACGGGGAACAUUUGCCAACAUUCGCUUGUUAAACAGAUUUUUGAACAAGCAGGCACCACAGACUAUCCAUCUGCCUUCUGGGGAAAUCCUUGAUGUGUUUGAUGCUGCUGAGCGGUACCAGCAGGCAGGCCUUCCCCUGAUCAUUCUGGCUGGCAAAGAGUACGGUGCAGGCAGCUCCCGAGACUGGGCAGCUAAGGGCCCUUUCCUGCUGGGAAUCAAAGCUGUCCUGGCUGAGAGCUAUGAGCGCAUUCACCGCAGUAACCUGGUUGGGAUGGGGGUGAUCCCACUUGAAUAUCUCCCUGGUGAGAAUGCAGAUGCCCUGGGGCUCACAGGGCAAGAACGAUACACUAUCAUUAUUCCAGAAAACCUCAAACCACGAAUGAAAGUCCAGGUCAAGCUGGAUACUGGAAAGACCUGCGAGGCUGUCAUGAGGUUUGACACUGACGUGGAGCUCACUUAUUUCCUCAACGGGGGCAUCCUCAACUACAUGAUCCGCAAGAUGGCCAAGUAGGAGACCUGCACUAGGUGCUGCACCCAGGGAGGAAGCCGCACCACCAGCCAGCCCAGGCCCUGGUGGAGAGGCCUCCCCGGCUGCCUCUGGGAGGGGUGCUGCCUUGUAGAUGGAGCAAGUGAGCACCGAGGGUUUGGUGCCAAUCCUGCAGGCACAAAACCAGAAGUUUCUACAUUCUCUAUUUUUGUGAAUCUUCCGGUUUUCCAGAAUUUCGAAGCUAGAAUGGUGGGAAUGUCAGUAGUGCCAGAAAGAGAACCAAGCUUGUCCUUAAAGUUACUGAUCACAGGACAUUGAUUUUUCACUGUUUCCUAUUAAUCUUCAGCUGAACACAAGCAGACCUUCUCAGGAGGUGUCUCCUACCCUGUUCUUGUUCCUCUUACCCUCUGCUCAAUGAAACCUUUCUCUUGAGGGUCAUUUUCUUUUCUAUAUUAUACCAGUGUUAACUGACGUAGAUAGAUAAGAACUUUACACACUUCAAAUCAGAGCAGUGAUUCUCUCUUCUCUCCCCUUUUCCUUCAGAGUGAAUCAUCCAGACUCCUCAUGGACAGGUCAGGUGUUAAACUUUUUUUGAUUAUGUACUUUUUGAUAGAUCCACAUAAAAAGAAAUGUGAAGUUUUCUUUUACUAUCUUUUCAUUUAUCAAGCAGAGACCUUUGUUGGGAGGCGGUUUGGGAGAACACAUUUCUAAUUUGAAUGAAAUGAAAUCUAUUUUCAAUGAAAA